AUACUUGAAUCCUGUCAGCUUUAAAGAUGGUUUGGCGUUUUGUGCCCUGAUUCAUAGACACAGGCCUGAAUUAAUUGAUUACCAUAAAUUGUCCAAGGAAAACCCACUAGAAAAUUUAAACACUGCUUUUGAUGUCGCAGAAAAACACCUUGAUAUUCCACGCAUGUUAGAUCCAGAAGAUAUGGUGAACUCAGUAAAACCAGAUGAGCGUUCCGUGAUGGCUUAUGUGUCUUCAUAUUAUCAUGCAUUCUCUGGGGCUCAGCAGGCUGAGACAGCAGCAAACAGAAUUUGCAAAGUGUUGAAGGUCAACCAAGAAAAUGAACGCCUUAUGGAAGAAUAUGAAAGAUUAGCUAGUGAUCUUCUGGAAUGGAUUAGAAAAACGACCCCUUGGUUAGAAAACAGAACAACUGACAACACUUUACCUGGUACCCAAAGAAAACUGGAGGAAUUCCGGGACUACAGACGUAAACACAAACCUCCUAAACUGGAAGAUAAAGCCCGACUUGAGAACAGCUUUAACACCCUGCAGACAAGGCUUCGACUCAGUAACAGACCAGCAUACCUUCCCACUGAGGGCAAAAUGGUUUCUGACAUUGCUAAUGCUUGGAAAGGACUGGAAUUUGCUGAGAAAGGUUUCGAAGAGUGGUUACUUUCAGAACUGCAAAGACUUGAACGUCUUGAUCAUUUGGCUCAGAAGUUUAGGCACCGCUGUCAAAUUCAUGAAGAAUGGGCCGAGGGCAAAGAAGAAAUGCUCCAAAGCCAGGAUUAUUUGCGAUGUGGACUUAAUCAAUUAAAA